AUGCUAGCCGUUUUAGUAACAGAAACAAUAGCAGCUAUGGAUAAUUUUCAGCAUACAUCAAUACAAAAUUUACACUUCCACUUAUCAGACGACGUAGAAAGAUAUGUUGGUGGUCCUCGCACUGAGGCUGAACGUUGUGAACAACACAAGUUUAUGCGAGAGCUACUGUGCCAUACUAAUUGCCAUAAUGGUUCAAGAGAUGAAACAUCAAGAUUUUUGGAAGAAUAUAUGCUACGCCAUAUGUGCCAACAUGGAUCGUUUAUAAGAGAUUCUUCAGCACCAAUCGAGCUUGAACUGUUAGACAAUAAUAAAAGUAAUAAUAAGCUGACUGUUGGUCUCGCUACUCUAUUCAAAAACAUCAACAGCCAAAAAAAUAGUCAAACUCUUGGAAGGAUUUUCCAAAAAGCAAACGGCUAUUAUUUCGUUGAAGCUUUUGAAUUUGUGCUGAUAAAAGAUGAACAUCUUGGUUUGGCAAGCAUUUUCAGCACAUGCGCAACUGACCUGACCGGAAACUUUGUAACCCGUAGACUGUCAUCCCAAGGUUUUUUAAUCGAAGCUACGAGUUCAGAAGACUACGAAGUUUUAAAUGUUUUUAAUAUGUCACAAAUGCCUAUAGAUGCACAGAUCAGAAAUAACCCACAUUACUCAGUCAUCAAUAAGUCCCAUUUUGGAACUUUAUGGUGA